AUGUCUUCGACUUCCUCUCCCGUUUCCCACAUGGACGAGAAGCCCGAAAAGAAUGAACUCAAUCAUGAAGACGUCUAUAAUGGCGACUCAGACACCACCACAAACAACAUCACGAGCGACUCUGGUCGUCUACACGCCCUGGAGCAACUAGAAGUCCUACCAAAGAUGCUCUCCGAGGGCAUCCUCUUCGCCGGGUCAGGGGCAACCCUGCUCCUCCAAGCGGCCCUCCCUGGAAUCCGUGAAGAGACUGCAGGCGGACACAAGGAGCUCGCCACGGAACUGAUCGAUGCCCUGCAAGCGCAUAUCAGUUACAUCUCCUGUCUGGUCUUUGGCACCCGUGCCGAGCGCAAGACGCUGAUUGAUAUGUUGCACAAUGGCGAGCCGCCUCUUCUUGGUGGUGGGCGCUCGAACCGCUUUGCGCAGCAGCCUGCACUACAGUUGUGGAUGGCUGCCACGUUGUAUGCGACUGCGACGGACUUUUAUCAGCGGGUGUAUGGUCGGGUGGACUAUGCCAGCGCCCAGCUGGCGUAUAAAGAGUUUACCCUGUUGAUGAAUUGUCUGGGCGUCCCCCCUGGCACCUGGCCCGAGACCCGUGAGGCCUUUUGGUCAUAUUGGGAUCGGCAGGUGUCCGAGUUGACCGUUUCGUCGGAUGCGGCGCAGUUUGCGAAGGAUUUGCGUGAGAGUACAGAUAUGCCGCGCUGGGUGCAGACGAUGAAGCCUUUCCUGCGCGUGUCGACCAUUGAGAUGCUACCGCCGAAGCUGCGGGAUGCCUAUGGGCUGCGCUCGACGGUGGCUACUCGGGCGAUUUAUCGUACGUGGAUGGGAUUUUCGGUUGCGGUGUACCCAGCUAUGCCUAACAAGUGGAGAGCCUAUCCUUUGAAAUUCUACCAGGAUCGCUUGCGGGAGAAGUUGAAUGUGGUGUGA